CUUUACUAGCGCGUUGUUUGUCCAUUGGCGUUAAAGGUGGUCAGAUUAUGCCACACAAGCUACCUUUUCGUGUCGUCUAUGUUUCAAGCCAAGACGAACACUUCCCUGCCACAGAACUAAAUCAUCACCAUCCAGGAACUAAAGGAUGGAUUUCUACUCGCUUUUGUUCUUAUCCUCAACAGCUUAUUUUAUCUCUGGAAGCAAAAGCUAGUUUUCGCAAAAUACAGUUACUUUGCCAUCAAUAUUUAAUUGCGUCAAAGAUUGAGUUUUUCGUCGGAGAUACGCCGGACGAUGAAAUGGAACAUUUUAAAAACGCCAGGUAUACUAGACUUGGAUAUGUAGCGCUAUCAGACAAUCAGGCCACAGAGUACAAAGCAAGGGAAUUAAAGUCAGUUCAUAUUGACGCCUCCGGCUCAUAUAUUCAACUGUUUCUCUAUAAAAACCAUCCGAAUAACUUAAACUUAUACAGUCAGGUUGGGAUUGUCGCUAUAAAUCUGAUCGGCGAUUUUAUCGAUAAGAAUGGGCGGUCGGAUUCUGAUGAUUCCCCAGUAGGUCUUUUCAGGCCAGAUUACAUACCUCCCACUGAAGACUUAGCGUUUGAUAUGUAUCAAGAUCCCGAAGUUGCUAACAUAAUAAGAAGGUUAGAAAAACAAAAACGUCUAGCUGUUAAGGCUGAACGUUUUGACCAAGCUCAAGGUAUACGAGAUGCUAUAACUCAACUACAUCAGGUCGGUGAACGUCUCGGUAGAUUAGCACUUGAAAAACAACAAGCUGUUGAGGAAGAAAACUAUGAACAAGCUAAGUUAAAAAAGAAUCAAAUAACUGAAAUGCGUAAUAACUUAUAUCGAGAUAUUGAUUUAAUGAAAUUGUUGUCUAGUAAUACUUCAACAGAACAACGUGAACAACUUUAUGGUCGAUCGGAUAACCAGUUUCCUGAUACGAAUAAUGACCGGAACAAAAUAAAUCCAAUACAACCAAUACAUUUUCAAAGUUUAUUAAUAAGUGAUGAUCUAAACGAAAAUAGGCGUAGUAAUGGGUCAUAUACUGUUAAUAACAACAAUGGCAAUAAUAAUAAUCAAGAUGUUGAUUACUUUCCAUUUCGUCGUGCUUAUCCUUCAAAUGAUCCUGAUGAACGUCCUUUACCAGCUCUUAAAAAUAAGCAUAGAAAUAAUAGUCCAAUAGUAGAUCCAGCUGACGAAGAGCAUUAUACAUCAGAAUUACCAGUCCCAGUGCUUCAUGAACAAUCUUUUGAGAAUUUCAACCAUUCUGAACAUAUACCACCACUUGAUGCAGUUGAAGCUAUUCAAAGAGACAUUGAUACUUAUGAAGAUGAACAAACGAUGAAAUACUUAGAACAAGCAGCUCAUGAUCGCAUGGUCGAUGGUAGAGAAAAUUUUCAGCAUAGUAUUCUUGAUCUUCCUGAGCCAAUGAGCGAAACCAAUCGACGUCAGGCUGGUGUAGCUAUUGAUGUUGUAGGCAUUAACCUUGUUACAAAAGCAUAUAGCAAAUCAUGGGUUUUUCGUGAAAAAGCUCUACUUGAAUUAGAACAGCGUGUAACUGCACCGAAACUUCCUCCUCCUGUAUCACUUCCUGAUACAGCACAUCCUGAUCCAAAAGCUGAAAUUCGAUCAACUACAUUUCUUUUACGUCGUGCAUUAAAUGAUCAAGUUUUGUCAAUAUUUCGUUUAGCCACAAAAUUCGUCAAACCAACAAUUGUCAGUUUUGCUGAUAGAUAUGGUAUUCCACGACCUGAUUUAUAUUAUUGCAUGGAUAAAUUAACUCCAGUAAUUUUUCAACGAACUGGUGAUACUUCAUCACGUGUUAGGGAGAUAGCUAAACAACAAAUUUUAGAUAUGGCACAAUGGCCACAGAUGAAGCAAAAUACAACAUUUUGGAAUGAAUUAGUUCGACCCUUUUCUCCUGUAACAUUAGAUCGUUUAGCUUUAAGUCGAAUUGAACUAGCGACAGAAUUAUAUGCCAGUCGUGGUGUAGAUCCUGUUUUUUGUAAUGAGCAUGGACAUGUCAAUCAGGGAAGUUUUACUUUAGAGGCACUAACUAUAUUCACUGCAAAAUGCUUAGACCAUCGAUCAAACGAAGUUCGUGAAGCUGCUGAAAAUCUCAUAGUUGCUCUUUAUCGUUCUGAAGAUCGAGCUACUGUUCGUAGGCUUAUACCUUUAGAUGAUGUGAAUUCCAAUCGACAUCCUUUAUAUAGAAGACUACUUGGAAAAUUUGAUCGGAUUGACGGAAGAUAUGAUCCACCAUUGAAUGAUCGACCACCUGCGAUUAAAGCUUCAGUCAAACAAAAAGAAGUUGAAGCACUUCAGGCAGACGUUCAACAACUCCGUGCUAUAGUCGAACAUGGGAAUCGUGGUCAUUUGACUACCCACAAGCCUAAUUCACGUGUAUCACGUACUGUACCUUCGCAAAAUUAUGAUAGAAAAUCUGCUUCAAGAUUAAAGAAUAAUGAUCGUAAAUCUGCAAAUAACUCACAACACGGGCCUCCAUCUGCAUCACCGAAUCUUCAGAAUCAUACGUCUAAUCAACAUGGUUCACGAAUUACAAAAAGUGACAAUCCAAACAGAAAUUCUUCAACUGCUAACAUUCAAUUGGAAAUAAAUUCACAACAACAUACUGAAGAAGCAGAAUUUUUACUUAGUUUAGACAAGACAUGUAUAUUUUGUGGAGAACAAAAUGAUUCGUUUACAGAGGAAGGAUUAGAUAUACAUUAUUGGAAAAGUUGUCCAAUGCUUCAUCGUUGUCCUAAUUGUAAACAGGCAUGUUGUCACAUUUGUCUUUGUUUUAUAUAUUGCAUGUUUACAGAAGUAUUUUACUCAGGUAAUCUGAGUAUUGGUACACUAAUUCACUAACCAAAAUAGCUUUUUUAGAUAUAAUUUUAACUUUAGACUAAGUAAUUAGAUGGUGUAGCAAUAAAAUCCUCUCUUGAACUAUUUAUGUCUAUUUACUUUAUGGGAUCUUCAGAAGAUAUUAGUUUACUUAUGAUAAACGACGAGUUUCAUGUUAACCAGCCUCUAGGGAAUGUGAUGAAUACUGCUCUUCGUGUUCUCUCUUUCGAAAUGAGCUCAUGAAAACUGUAUACCCUGUCUAAGCAAAAUUUAAUGAAAUGAUAUAUCGAGUUCGAUUACAUAAUAUCUCACCAAUUCAGGUCAGUUGGUAUCUUUUGGAUAAUCAUUCAAAACUUUGAUGUAAAACCCGGCAUACGAAAUUGAAACCAUUAUUAUUCAUACACAGAAAUAUGUUCAAAAUCUAUCUUGUCACUAGUUUUUAACGUUUUCUUUUAAAAAAUCUGUUUGCCAUCAAAUGAUUUCACAUCGUCUUGUACUGAAUGUGCUCACUUUUAUUAUUUGAUGUUUGAUUUGUAGCCGAUGAGUAUUCGGAAAUAUUCUCAUUUCUGCUGUUGAGAAUAGACCUGGGAGACAUGGGAUCACAUCCACUAGGGAGCAUAAGUUCCCUUAAAAUUCCAGAUACAACUUACAAGUGCCAAGAGGCACAAAACCUAGGUUCAGGAUUUCCUAUCGAUUACCUCAAACCACCUGAUAUUUCAACAUAUCGCACGCAACGUCGAGUCACUUAAACUAGUAGAAAUAUUGCAAAUUGGUUCAUAGAAUCCGAUUGCCACUAAAAAACCGGACAAAUAUAGUGCUAGUCACUACUCGGUGAUCAGUCAGUCGCAGUUUUUUGUAAAUUCUUAUUUCAAGAAACCAAUAAGCAAUAAGCUCGUCAGAUCAGACCAACUUCAUGAUUGUGGAGUAACCAGUGAUGAUAAUGGCCUGAACAAUCAAAGCUCCACAAUUAAACCAUCCAGCCAGAUAACCAAAUAUUACCAAUCACCAACUAGUUAAAAAAUAUCAAAAAAUGACGUUUACUCACACUGAUUUGAUCCACCUUGUUAUAAUAUCUUAUCGAACCGAUGUAACUAUUAGAAUAGACAGGAUUAUUGGAGUGAUAAACUCCUAAAUGAAUGAAACUUUUCUUGUCAGAAGACAAAAAUACUGUUUACCUGAUAGUUUAUAGAUUAAGAAAUUAGAUUUUUUUACGAAUCUCUCUCCAUUUUCGUCCCUUUCUCCCGGUCCAUGUCGUCCCAUGGUAUUUUCUUACCCGGUUUUGUUCAUUCCGACCUCAGCGUAUAGCCUAUUCAUCAGGACAGUCAGAUCGUUUCCUGAGCAAUUCACUAUGAUCCAUUACAGCCUCUUGUAAAACCGAUCUUUAUUAUUGUCAUCGCUAUGAUUGGUAGGUGCAUAACACUGGAUAACAUCCAUUAUGAUUCCCUCCUUCAUUGUUUUGAGGAAUGCUUGAAUGAUCCUGGAUUCAUGAGAUUUCUUUGGACAGCAUCAGAGCAACUCUCUCUGUGUGUGAAGCAUUUUCUUCGUUUUGAUCAGAGUACGGCUUGGGUCUAAUGUGUUUCACUUAUUCUGAGCACCUCCAAUUUGUAUCUCCUUAUUCCCGUACCUAUUUGAUUGGCCCUUCCGGUUUCUCACAUUGUUCGAACAUUCCAUGUACCUCUGUUAAUUGUUGUUGUCGUUGUUAGAAGAGGCAUAGGUCUCAUGACUUCCGAAGAAUCUCGGUUUCUACCAUGAGGUGUCAUAGUUCUUCUGAAUGGAGAUUCUUCAACUCUGAGGGCACAGUUUAAUUGGUUUAAAUUGUUUAAUCUGGUUAGCUUCUUUUUAACCAGGUUGUUUUCUACGAGAUCGGGUUGCUAACCCUAUGCUCAACCCUCUUCUUUUACCCUAACUUGGGACUUAGAGUAACCCUAGAAGAGAGCUACAGACGGAGCUAUUAUGAAAUUAAAACUGAUAAUUAUAUACAGGAACCACUUAAGCAUAAUAGUAUCAUUUCUCAGAUAAUGGGUGAUAAAAUGGAAUCUACAAAGUAAUCAGUGAAACUGAACUUCUACUCACUGUAUCCCAUAUAAGUUAGACAAGUUAUUAAUUUACUGUCAUAAUUUUAGAAGUGAUGAAAUACUAGUUUUUCAUUUAUAACAUAAAUAUCAGUUGACUUAUGUAUUGUAUUUUCUACCGAUGUGAUAUACAAACCGUUCUAAGUUUUCUUAGGCGGUAGCAACAAUAAACCGCUACCUGAUGACCGAUGGGUUAUGUAAAUAGGCUAUUUGUUAUAGCAAUACGAAUUAUUUAUGUUGUCACUAAACUUAUUAUUUAGAUCAUCCUAUGCUAUUAAUAUUUUAAUGUUGUCUAAAUAUAUUAUACGUGCAAACCAAAAUACGUCUUCAGGUUUGGGAAUAAGAAUAUUUCAAUUUAAACUACUGAUUAAAUAUAUUUACCUAGUUAGCUGAUCAUGUGUACCAGUAAUAUCAACCCGUUCAACUUGUUACAUAUUUAUAGGUAGUUGAAAUAGCUGGUUUAACGGAUCAUUUACUUAAAGAAUGUGAAGCUUGUACACCAGGACAGUAUGUUCGCUGUUCUAAAUGUUCAGAAGCUGUAUUAAAAACACAUUUAAGCAAUCAUCAUUGUUUACCUAUCAAAUUAUCUUCUGGACUACGUUGUCCACUUUGUCAUCAUGAUUUACCAAAUUUACCAGAUUCAGUUGCUCCUGGUGGUCCAGAAGAUGUUUGGAAAGCUCAUUUAUUAGGUUCAUCCAAUAGUACUAUUCAAAUGCCUCAAUGUACAGAGAAUCCAAGAAGUUUACAAAGUCAACAACAGAAAUAUAAUGGCCAUUCCACAAAAAAUACCAGUACCUCAGAAGCUAGUGAGUAGUUUUUCAGGUUUUAACAUCUUUUUUAGUUAGCGAUUUGAGGCAUAAUUUUGAUUGCAAGCUGAGUUACUGAAAGUUUAAGUUGAAUUCCUGUAGUUUUUUAUGGGAAGUCGUGAUUAGUGUUGAUAGUUAUCAAUAAAUAUCGUUAGAUAAUGGGGGAAGUGUAUCACAGAUUGACUACAUUUGGAGAUGCUAAUCAUACAAUUUUCAACUUUGUUGUCAAAAUAUAACUUGGCAAGGUCUUGAGCUUAGUCUAUUAUGAUAUCGUUCGUGUUCACUGAUGAAAAGUAAGCCUAUUUACUCUACUUAUUAAACUUUGACAUUAAAAAGGAAGUUAUAUUUGCAAAGAUGGAUGUUAGUCAUUUGGUGUGAAACAUGGAUAAUCUGUCUUCAGAUCACAAGUUUAUGUAAUUGUACGCAGAUUUGAAGUGAGAAAAAGCCAGUAAUCACAAAUUUAGAUGAAAAUUCUUGUUAACUUUGAUUUGGGCAGCUUGAUAGUAUCAUCGGUCUCCACAUAAAACGUAUAAUUCUAAGCUAACUACACAAAUAUUUGUAUUUCGUAAACAAGACAAUUUAUUUUAAAUCUUUAUGUUUACUAAUACUUAAACGAUUGUUAUUUUGAAGUGAAUCACUCGUGAUGUAGGCUCUAAAUCCGAUCCAAAAUAAUUGAAACAGUAGGUAUAAAGGACUGUAUUUACACAGAGACCAGUUAUAUCUUUGUUUCAAAUGGUAGAAUAUGCAAUUUGAAAGGUAUUUGAUUCAUAAUAUUUAUUGACAUAAAUAUAUAUUUCUGAUUGAAAUCAUGGAUCAAUCGAUGUCAGGAUACUUUUGAAAAUGUAGAAGCACUGGACGGCUGUCUCGUCCUAGCAUAGGACUCAUCAGUAGUGCGCAUUCACGAUCCCUCACGCGCGAUUCGAACUCAGUUUAGUUAUCUUUUUUUACAGUAACUAGUUCACUUCUUUUUAGAGGUUAAUAUUUGUAAAUAUAUUUAUAGAAUCACAGUUAUUUUACAAGUAAUAGUUUUGUUGUAGACUACGAUUCGAUUGUUUAUCAUUGGACAACUUAUUUUCAAUCAAAUCGACAUUGUUAUCUGCUUUAAUCUUCUCUGUGUCACUUCCCUCUGUAUUUAGAUAAAACGAAAAGUGGAAUACCUCGACCGUUAAAUGUAAACAAAGUUCGUCCAGUUUAACUAACUUGUACUUUAUUUGCUAUAGUUUUUUUUCGUUUCUUUUCCCCCCCAAAAAAUCAUUUUCUUUCUACCAGUUACAAUUUUAUUGUUGCAGUCUCUUUCUAAAUAGAAUUUUUUCAAUCAUGUACUAUUCUAUCCAUCUAUAUAUUCUUGGCUCACAAGUGGAUUUCUUAUCCAUGAAUAGGCGUAAACGUGUAAAUGUGGUUAACUUUAAUUUACUUUCAAUAUAUGAAAGAGGACAUUAAUGUAUAUGAAAAAUAGAAGACGAAGAAUUAACUCCAUUCCGUUUUCGGCGAAUACAAGCAAUUUAUAUAAAGUCUGUAAAUUGGUCAAUCUUAUUUUCUCAUCUGAAUCAGUAAUUCAUUUUCAUUAAAUGAAGUUUUGUGUAUGUUGGUUCGAAGCUUCAUUCUUUCAUCAUUUCAUGCUUGUAUACAUUGUUGUUAUAAUCUUAUAAAUAAUAUACUUUUGUUUAAAAGAAAAUAUUUGUCAAAUAACUUAUUGUUUAGAUGAACUACAGUUGUUCACGCUACUGUUAAUAAUAAUUAUGUGCCUGUUAUUAACUCUAAAAUUUGGUUUACGAUGUAACGCUGGUACUGUCAUAACCGGUAGAUCUGUGUGUUUGCUGGAGUGUUCGUUUAUUAUACUUUACAAUUCUUAUUUUUUAUCAUUCAGUAUCACCAGCAUUUAAAAAAAACAGUAUUGAUUGUUUUGGUUUUUUCGUCUAAAUGGGUUAUUUUAAAAACAAUAAACCAAUCUCGAUCAUGCUAGUUUCAUCAGCCCUGGUGGGUUGAUUUCUGACGAGAUCUCGGCAUAUAUUCAGAAAACACAAUUGAUCUUUGUCGUUUGUGUUGGUUCUGGCGUAGACAAGACUUAUCUUAUUCUAUGGCUGUGAAACAGUCAUUCAAAGUACAAUGGCUGCCUAGGGUAUAGGUUUUUGGUCAUAGAUAUAUUUUAAGGAUACCUCGCGUCUGGUGGAUAGGUUGAGUAAACGUCGACGAACAAUCUUGACUGUUGUAAGAGUUACUUAGAAGAAACCUAGUGGUGAUCAGACCAUAAUUUAGCGCCAGUUCACAAAGCUAUUGACUGUUGAUCUAACCAUAUUGCUAAAUGCAGACUAUCUCGUGGGUUCCGUGAAAUAGUCGCGAUCAGUAUUGAUAAGGCCUACAAUCGGUUACAACGAAACAGAUGCAUUUAGUCUCUGUUUCUGUAGGUCUUCAUUUCCGGUAUACCUCAAUGUUUCAUCAUUCUGUCUUUUUGAACCAUAUUUUUAAUGUAUAGUCCUCACUAUCAUUACUACUAACUUAUUCCGACUCCUUAAUGUUCAUCUUGUUGAUCACAUUUCAGCCUUGUUGUAUGGUUCGGUAACUUGAGCCAAAACACAUUUAUACCAGGUUCCAUACUGAUGAUGAUUGGCUGACCACAAAUCAUUGAUAAGCUAGUUAAGGAUUAACCUAGCGAAUUGCUAUAACCUUAUUCUAUACGACCAUUAAUCAAGCCAUGUGAUCGAGUAUCACUUCGUCAAGUAAUUCGUUUAUUUUGUUAAGACCUGUUUGAGUUACUCAUCUACACUAUUAAAUGCAUCAGUGAACUUUUCUACUAUAAUCGUUUGAUG